CAGUCGGUCGACCCGUUCCUGCUACUCCUGUUGCCCAUAAGUUCGUCUGCUCCCGACACCGUCUAGGCAGACGGCGAAAUCGUGGGCUUCGCUUCAUCGCUGUCCAUACAGUGCCAGACCAGCGUUCAUUGUCGAUUGUUGUCUCGAGGAUCGUUCCAAGGAGUCAUGCGGGAUCAGCUUCACCACGUGGUCCUCCUAGUCACGUUCGCAUGGCUUGGAUCGGCUGUGGCCGGGCCCAUCGAGAAGCCAGAGAAGGGUGAUAAGGACGGCGGCAAACAAACGAUCCAGGAAUUUUUCACAUCCGACUGGGGAGCAUGCGAGCCACUGAAGAAUCCGCUCGUCAUACCAGAGAUGAGUGAUCCCCAAACAUGGAUUCGGUGUCAGAAGCACCUUCCAGACCAUCCCAGUGACAUUGAGGAAUACCUCCCAAGGCUCAGCAGAUGCAUGCUCAAGAGCACUGGUUGGGUUCGAAGCAACGGCAACAUGAACCUAAGCAAAUACCUUCAGUACCUGAGUCUCCUUGGCCUUGACAAUGAGACAAUGAACAGCACGCGGGAGGCCCACAAAGGAUGCAUUUCAAAAGCGUACAAGGAAACAGACUUCAAAACUCAGGACAAACUCUACGUGGAAUGCAUCUUCAAGCAUUUCACCAAGGUGUGUGGGCCAAACUUUCAAGGAGCAGUCAAGGAAGGUUACAUUGUCGGCAUCACGCAGCUGAGCUUCAUGCCAAGGAUGGGCCCGAUGGAGGUAGUCGAUGACGUGGACGAUGACGACGUCGUGGAGACGCCGCCCGAAGAGCCCGCGCCACGCCCAGUCAACGAAACCGCCACCAUUGAACCAUGAAUGAGAGUCAU